AUGGACCGAUAUAAUAUCAAGGAGAGAGAACAAAAUUUGGUCCAUUUUAGACUUGCUGAAGGAGACGACGACAAAGAACAUGUUAUGAGGAUUUUUAAUCACUUGACUCGAAGCGAAGUUGCCGAGAAAGCAGUUGUUAAAGUAACGAGACUGGGGGAAAAAAUUAAAUUAAACAGACCGUUAUUGAUUAGUCUUGAUGGUGUUGAGUCGAAAAACUUUAUAAUGGAUAAUGUAUCACGAAUGAAAUCGUUGGAUGAUGUUCUAAAAGGUGUUUGGCUUAGUCACGACCUAUCAAAUGAUCAGAGAGAUGAGUUGAAAAAGUUGAUCAAUGAUGCAAAAAUGCAAGAAUCUGUAGGCGGUGAUUUUUUAUUCAGAGUGAGGGGACCUCCGGGAAGGGGGAAAAUAGUCAAGUUUUGGAGGGAUCAAAAACUGAAAGAAAAAGUUUGA